AUGGAUAAAAUCUUGCAAUGGUCUAUAGCGCUGCAGUCUGGCGACCAGGAAACGUUGAAGAAACUCGGGGCUCCCGACCCCAAAAUGUUGCAGCAGCUCUUCGGAGGUCCCGAUGAGCCUACCCUCAUGAAACAGGCCAUAACAGUGGUGGUCAACCCCGACAGCGAGUUGGAGGCCAAAGAGAUCGCGUUCGACAACUUCGAGAUGCUCAUUGAGAACAUGGACAACGCCAACAACAUCGAAAACAUCAAGUUGUGGUCGCCCAUCAUCGACCAGUUGGAUGCCUCCAAGCCCGAGUCCUUGCGGGUGUACGCAGCCUCCAUCAUCGGUACUGCUGUGCAGAACAACCCAAACUCGCAAGAAGCAUUCAUCAAAUAUCCUGGCUUGCAGGCGUUGAUCGACAUCGCCUCGGACCCUGCCACCUCCUCGGAGCUUCUCUUGAAAGCCCUUUUCGCGAUUGCAUCGUUCGUCAGGAACUAUGAGGCCGGCUACCUCAAGUUCGACGAGUUGGACGGGUGGAAAAUCAUCAACUUAUCCAGAGACAGCAAUCACAAGGUCAAAUUGAGAAUACUAUCAUUGAUCUCUUCCAUCUUAUCCACAGGUAUAGACGCAAAGAAGGAGGAGCACAUCAGCAAGGCCCAUAUGACAGAGUUCUUGGCUUCGGUGCUUGCAAAAGACGGCCACGCCGGCUGUAUCGACAAGGUAUUGAACAUCAUCUCCCAAUUGGCCGAAUUGAAGUACCAGUUCUCAGCCUCUGAAAUAGCCACCUUCUCCCAGGGAUUAUCCAAUGUCGAGCACAUGGAGGAGUUGAGCACAGAUGACUUACACGCGGCCAAGAAGGUGAUCAAUUAA